AUGGAUCGUUACGCUGUCGCUCAUGCCUCUCGCAACGGCCCCGGAGACGCUCGUCCAACGGCCCUCCAGAUAGUCCAAGAUGAGUUGCAGUACGGCGACAAAUCUUCAUCUUCUCUAUCAGAGCUCACAAUUGUCAUCACUGGUGCAACGUCUGGCAUUGGCUAUGAGACUGCCCAGGCGCUCUAUGCCACAGGGGCAAAGCUUUUCAUCACGGCGCGAGAUACCGCCAAGGCUAGACAAGCCAUUGACAGAAUUGUGUCGAGUAUUUCUCCAGUCAAUGGAAGACGGUACCAAGAGAUUGAGGUUGUGUGCAUGGAUAUGGAUUCCCUUGCGUCUAUGAGACACGCGGCGGGGGAGAUUCUCACCAGGGCGAAAACGAUCAACGUCUUGAUCAACAACGCUGGUGCGUACAGACUAUCAUGCCCUCGAAUUCAUACAAAAGACGGCCUAGAGCGCAACUGGGGCGUAAACUACAUAGCACACUUCCUCCUCACCCACCUCCUCCUCCCGCGCCUCGAAGCAAGCAGCUCCCCAGUCCGCCGCUCCCGCAUCGUCAACCUGAGCACCACCGGACAUAGACUCUUCCCAACCCACCUCGAAGACCCAAACUUUGAAAAGACGCCGUACGAGCCAAUGUCUGCGUAUGCAACGUCGAAGCUGGCCCUCAUAUACCACGCCAACUAUCUCGACCGGCACUUUUCUGAUCGUGGGAUUAGAGCUGUGUCGGUUCAUCCGGGGACUAUACGGACACCGAUGCUGGACAAGUAUGACGCCUUGCGUAGUGAGAAGGUUGAUUUGCCGCCAGCGUAUGCGGAGGAGCUCAAGUCUGCCGAGCAAGGCGCUGCGACGACUGUCUUUGCGGCGAUUGCGGCGUGUUUGGAGGAUAAGGGCGGGGUUUAUCUGGAGAAUUGCACGUAUGGAAAGGAGGCUGCUGAGGAUCUGGGGCCGAUGGAUGGGGGAUAUGCGGCGUUUGCGUUUGAUGAGGAGGUGGAGGAGAGGCUUUGGAAGGAUACGUGCAAGUUGCUGGGGGUUUCCGAGGCGUUGUAG